AUGCCAGGUCUAUGGUAAUAACUAAAGGAGAUUUGUCUAGAAAUUGAGUCUGACUGGAAAUCGCCUCAGUUCACAUCAUUAUACAAUUGAAUGUAACUUUGUGGAGGGAGGCUCUGUGUAAAACCCUCUAAUCCCUAGUUGGUUGGCUGGCUGCUUGGGGUGGUAGGCUGACUGGCUGCUUGUGGCGGUAGACUGACUGGCUGCUUGGGGCGGUGGGCUGACUGGCUGAUUGGGGCGGUGGGCUGACUGGCUGCUUGGGGCGGUGGGCUGACUGGCUGCUUGGGGCGGUGGGCUGACUGGCUGAUUGGGGCGGUGGGCUGACUGGCUGCUUGGGGCGGUGGGCUGACUGGCUGCUUGGGGCGGUGGGCUGACUGGCUGCUUGGGGCGGUGGGCUGACUGGCUGCUUGGGGCGGUGGGCUGACUGGCUGCUUGGGGCGGUGGGCUGACUGGCUGAUUGGGGCGGUGGGCUGACUGGCUGCUUGGGGCGGUGGGCUGACUGGCUGCUUGGGGCGGUGGGCUGACUGGCUGCUUGGGGCUAGUCAGUAGCCCCUUCCCUGCUAUGUUGUUGGUUUAGUCAGCACAUCUGAUGGGGGGAAGUCUGUGCUAUAGGUAGGGCUGGCACAAUUACUGUAUAACCGUGUAACCGAUGGUUAUGAAUGAAGACCGUCAUAACCAUUUAAAUUAUUAUUGUGGGUUGAACGAACAGCUGACUGAAUAACCACAAUGCAGCAGCAACAGCAGAAAUAUAAUGAAUAAAACAGGCUUGGUUGGAACCUCUAACUCUGGUAAACUCAAGGGUACACUUGCAAUGGCUGCCUGGUAUGGUGAUGCAAUAAUUUCCAUGGUAAUGUAGAAUGUUCAUUCAAAUUAUGCUAACUGAUGUGGCUCAUGCAAUGGAAUGUAUUUUUUGUAAUGUCAGUUGAGAUGAAUCAACAAAUCACAGCACAUAUUUUAGCAAUGGCCACCACACCACCCAUUCUAUUCAAGUUACAAAGUUUAUUUGCCACGUGCACAGGAUACAACAGGUGUAAAACAGUACAGUGAAAUUCUUACCUUCAGAGCUCUUUCCCACAAUGCACUGAUAAUAAUAUAUAUAGUAAUAGAAAAUAGAAUAAAACAUUAAAGUAAGAAUAAAAACCUAAUAAAAACUACAAUGAGAGUUAAAGAAACACGAGAAUGCAAGUAUAUACAGGUCAGUGUCAGUACCUUAUUCAACGUGCAGGGGUACUGGAGUGGUUGUAUAUACAGGUCAGUGUCUUAUUCAAUGUGCAGGGGUACUGGAGUGGUUGUAUAUACAGGUCAGUGUCAGUACCUUAUUCAAUGUGCAGGGGUACUGGAGUGGUUGUAUAUACAGGUCAGUACCUUAUUCAAUGUGCAGGGGUACUGGAGUGGUUGUAUAUACAGGUCAGUGUCAGUACCUUAUUCAAUGUGCAGGGGUACUGGAGUGGUUCUAUAUACAGGUCAGUGUCAGUACCUUAUUCAAUGUGCAGGGGUACUGGAGUGGUUCUAUAUACAGGUCAGUGUCAGUACCUUAUUCAAUGUGCAGGGGUACUGGAGUGGUUUUAUAUACAGGUCAGUGUCAGUACUUUAUUCAACGUGCAGGGGUACUGGAGUGGUUGUAUAUACAGGUCAGUGUCAGUACCUUAUUCAAUGUGCAGGGGUACUGGAGUGGUUGAGGUAGGUUUAUACAUAAAAAAGUGACUGGUAGCAUGAUAUACAUGUAAACAGGACUGAAAAGUGACUGGUGGCAGGAAUAUAUAAAUACUUACAGUGGGGAGAACAAGUAUUUGAUACACUGCCGAUUUUGCAGGUUUUCCUACUUACAAAGCAUGUAGAGGUCUGUAAUUGUUAUCAUAGGUACACUUCAACUGUGAGAGACUUUUAAGUAAUUUUUAAGUAAUUAAUUUGCAUUUUAUUGCAUGACAUAAGUAUUUGAUCACCUACCAACCAGUAAGAAUUCCGGCUCUCACAGACCUGUUAGUUUGUCUUUAAGAAGCCCUCCUGUUCUCCACUCAUUACCUGUUUUAACUGCACCUGUUUGAACUCGUUACCUGUAUAAAAGACACCUGUCCACACACUCAAUCAAACAGACUCCAACCUCUCCACAAUGGCCAAGACCAGAGAGCUGUGUAAGGACAUCAGGGAUAAAAUUGUAGACCUGCACAAGGCUGGGAUGGGCUACAGGACAAUAGGCAAGCAGCUUGGUGAGAAGGCAACAACUGUUGGCACAAUUAUUAGAAAAUGGAAGAAGUUCAAGAUGACAUUCAAUCACCCUCGGUCUGGGGCUCCAUGCAAGAUCUCACCUCGUGGGGCAUCAAUGAUCAUGAGGAAGGUGAGGGAUCAGCCCAGAACUACACGGCAGGACCUGGUCAAUGACCUGAAGAGAUCUGGGACCACAGUCUCAAAGAAAACCAUUAGUAACACACUACGCCGUCAUGGAUUAAAAUCCUGCAGCGCACGCAAGGUCCCCCUGCUCAAGCCAGCGCAUGUCCAGGCCUGUCUGACGUUUGCCAAUGACCAUCUGGAUGAUCCAGAGGAGGAAUGGGAGAAGGUCAUGUGGUCUGAUGAGACAAAAAUAUAGCUUUUUGGUCUAAACUCCACUCGCCGUGUUUGGAGGAAGAAGAAGGAUGAGUACAACCCCAAGAACACCAUCCCAACAGUGAAGCAUGGAGGUGGAAACAUCAUUCUUUGGGGAUGCUUUUCUGCAAAGGGGACAGGACGACUGCACCGUAUUGAGGGGAGGAUGGAUGGGGCCAUGUAUCGCGAGAUCUUGGCCAACAACCUCCUUCCCUCAGUAAGAGCAUUGAAGAUGGGUCAUGGCUGGGUCUUCCAGCAUGACAAUGACCCGAAACACACAGCCAGGGAAACUAAGGAGUGGCUCCGUAAGAAGCAUCUCAAGGUCCUGGAGUGGCCUAGCCAGUCUCCAGACCUGAACCCAAUAGAAAAUCUUUGGAGGGAGCUGAAAGUCCGUAUUGCCCAGCGACAGCCCCGAAACCUGAAGGAUCUGGAGAAGGUCUGUAUGGAGGAGUGGGCCAAAAUCCCUGCUGCAGUGUGUGCAAACCUGGUCAAGACCUACAGGAAACAUAUGAUCUCUGUAAUUGCAAACAAAGGUUUCUGUACCAAAUAUUAAGUUCUGCUUUUCUGAUGUAUCAAAUACGUAUGUCAUGCAAUAAAAUGCAAAUUAAUUACUUAAAAAUCAUACAAUGUGAUUUUCUGGAUUUUUGUUUUAGAUUCCGUCACUCACAGUUGAAGUGUACCUAUGAUAAAAAUUACAGACCUCUACAUGCUUUGUAAGUAGGAAAACCUGCAAAAUCGGCAGUGUAUCAAAUACUUGUUCUCCCCACUGUAUGGUAAUAUGCUAAUGGUAAUAUAUACAUGUAAAUAAUAAAUACUAAUGGUAAUGGCAAUAAUAAUUUUAGCAGCAGCGUAGGUUGUGUCUGAGUGGGUAGUGACAUGUGGAUGGGCAUACAGCCAGUGUGGAUAGUCUGUGGGAGAGGGAGAGCAGUAGUUGUUAGCCAUUAAACAGUCUUAUGGCCAGGGGAUAGAAGCUGUUCAGGAGUCUGUUUGUCUGAGCCUUGAUGCACCGGUACCGCCUGUCGGACGGGAGCAUGGAGAACACCCCAUGUCUCGGGUGGCUGGAGUCUUUAUCAGACACCGCCUGGCAUGUACGUCCUGGAUGGCUGGGAGCUUGCUCCCAGUGAUGCACUGGGCUGUCUGCACCACCCUCUGUAGGACCUUCCGGUCGCGGGUGGUGCAGUUGCCAUACCAGAUGUUGAUACAACCUGUCAGGAUGCCCUCAAUGGUGCAGCUGUAAAAGUUCCUGAGGAUCUGAGGGGCCAUGCCAAAUCGUUUCAGCAUCCUGAGGGAGAAGAGGCGUUGCCGUGCCUUCUUCACGACUGUUCUGAUGUGAGAGGACCAAUUGAGAGGACCAUGUGGACACCGAGGAACUGGAAGCUCUUGACCCUCUCCACAGCUGAUCCGUCGAUGUGGACGGGGGUGUGCAUCCCCCCUGUUUCCUGUAGUCCACGAUCAGCUCCUUGGUCUUGUUGACGUUUAGGGAGAGGUUGUUGUCCUGGCACCACACUUCCAGUUCUCUGACCUCCUCCCUGUAGGCUGGCUCAUCACCGUUGGCGAUCAGUCCUACCACUGUCGUGUCAUCAGCAAACUUGACGAUUGAGUUGGAGACGUGCCUAGCCACACAGUCAUGAGUAAACAGGGAGUACAGGAGGGGGUUUAGCAAACACCCCUGGGGUGCCCCCCGUGUUGAGGGUCAGCGUGGCGGAGGUGUUGUUACUUACUCUAACCACUUGGGGGCGACCCGUCAGGAAUUCCAGGAUCCAGUUGCAGAGGGAGGUGUUCAGUCCCAGGGUGCCGAGCUUGGUGAUGAGCUUGGAGGGCACUAUGGUGUUGAACGCUGAGCUAUAGUCAAUGAAAUGGAGUGGGUCCAGGGAACUGGAGUGGAUGAUGGAGGUGAUGUGUGACAUGACCAGCGUUUCAAAUCAUAUCAUGAUUCAUUCAUAUUCAUUCUAUUUACAGUAUAUAGUAGCACAUGCAGUCAGGAGAAGAGAAAAUGUGUGUAAAACAAAAUACGAUAAUAUUUGCUAUUCAAACUGUUAUUAGCGUUAUCCAAAAUUCCCAGAACAUCACAGCCCUAGCUAUAGGUAGUCCUGUGACAGACUGAGUUACUGGCCAGCUCAAGCAAGGUUUGGUCCUGAGUUCCGGCACCACAGCAGGCAGCAGCCAGCCAGGCCCUGGUUUAACUGUGGGAACGUUGGGGAACCUUGUCUGAGACCUGAAUAUUGUGUUAGGUCCCUGAUGUAAUUCCUAGGCUUUACUCAGCAGGCUAACACAGUCAUAGCACACAAUUUAUGAAUGAAAUUGACAUGAAAUACUUUACAUGUAUACGAAACUGCAACUACUAAGGCUAUUGUACAAUGGGGCGAUAAGGACAUCCAUGGUUAAAAUGCCAAACAACAACAUAGCCUAGAGAUAAGACCUCAGAUGGGGGCAUUUAGCUUCAAAGUCAUAUUAUCAGACUUUGUAGUAAACCUUCUGAGCCGUUUCAGUGACUGGCUCCCUCACAAGAUCCUGACGGACGGCAGGCAGGUCUGUUUGAUCUAAACAGACGCCAUUGAAGCUGUGAGGGUCAAGAGACCAGCUAGACGACAUAAUUAAACAUGGUCUCUCAUGUGCAGCAGGGAGGGAGUUCUUAAGAAGAUGCCCACCUAGAGGCCAGCCCAACUGCAGUCUGUCUGCACGCAACAUCACAUUCAUCUGCUAGAACAAUUACAUCUUUUUUUUAAAAACAUUUUAGUCAUUUAGCAGACGCUCUUAUCCAGAGCGACUUACAGUUAGUGAGUGCAUACAUUUUUCAUUUUUCAACAAUCUCCUGCAGUCACAACAUGCACAACUCAGCAACUUUCUAGAACAAUCUCCUGCAGACACGACAUGCACCGCUCAGCAGCUUUCUAGAACAAUCUCCUGCAGACACGACAUGCACCGCUCAGUAACUUUCUAGAACAAUCUCCUGCAGACACGACAUGCACCGCUCAGUAACUUUCUAGAACAAUCUCCUGCAGAGACGACAUGCACCGCUCAGCAGCUUUCUAGAACAAUCUCCUGCAGACACGACAUGCACCGCUCAGUAACUUUCUAGAACAAUCUCCUGCAGACACGACAUGCACCGCUCAGCAGCUUUCUAGAACAAUCUCCUGCAGACACGACAUGCACCGCUCAGCAGCUUUCUAGAACAAUCUCCUGCAGACACGACAUGCACUGCUCAGCAGCUUUCUAGAACAAUCUCCUGCAGACACGACAUGCACCGCUCAGCAGCUUUCUAGAACAAUCUCCUGCAGACACGACAUGCACCGCUCAGCAGCUUUCUAGAACAAUCUCCUGCAGAGACGACAUGCACCGCUCAGCAGCUUUCUAGAACAAUCUCCUGCAGAGACGACAUGCACCGCUCAGCAGCUUUCUAGAACAAUCUCCUGCAGAGACGACAUGCACCGCUCAGCAGCUUUCUAGAACAAUCUCCUGCAGACACGACAUGCAACCGCUCAGCAGCUUUCUAGAACAAUCUCCUGCGACACGACAUGCACCGCUCAGCAGCUUUCUAGAACAAUCUCCUGCAGACACGACAUGCACCGCUCAGCAGCUUUUUAGAACAAUCUCCUGCAGACACGACAUGCACCGCUCAGCAGCUUUCUAGAACAAUCUCCUGCAGACACGACAUGCACCGCUCAGCAGCUUUCUAGAACAAUCUCCUGCAGACACGACAUGCACCGCCAGCAGCUUUUCUAGAACAAUCUCCUGCAGAGGCGACAUGCACCGCUCAGCAGCUUUCUAGAACAAUCUCCUGCAGACACGACAUGCACCGCUCAGCAGCUUUCUAGAACAAUCUCCUGCAGACACGACAUGCACCGCUCAGCAGCUUUCUAGAACAAUCUCCUGCAGACACGACAUGCACCGCUCAGCAGCUUUCUAGAACAAUCUCCUGCAGACACAACAUGCACCGCUCAGCAGCUUUCUAGAACAAUCUCCUGCAGAGACGACAUGCACCGCUCAGCAGCUUUCUAGAACAAUCUCCUGCAGACACGACAUGCACCGCUCAGCAGCUUUCUAGAACAAUCUCCUGCAGACAUGACAUGCACCGCUCAGCAGCUUUCUAGAACAAUCUCCUGCAGACACGACAUGCACCGCUCAGCAGCUUUCUAGAACAAUCUCCUGCAGACACGACAUGCACCGCUCAGCAGCUUUCUAGAACAAUCUCCUGCAGACACGACAUGCACCGCUCAGCAGCUUUCUAGAACAAUCUCCUGCAGAGACGACAUGCACCGCUCAGCAGCUUUCUAGAACAAUCUCCUGCAGACACGACAUGCACCGCUCAGCAGCUUUCUAGAACAAUCUCCUGCAGACACGACAUGCACCGCUCAGCAGCUUUCAUAUACUACUCAGCCACUGCUCAAUAACAAUGGCUCAUCCAGUGGUUCUCACACUCAGUAAUAAUAAUAAUUCUGUAUUUUUUUCAUGUCUAUAGCGCUAUUCAUAACAAUCUCAAAGCGCUUCAAAUGCAAAAAACAAACAAGGUCCAUCAUCAUGAGUAGCCUAGCAGCCAAUAUUUUAAACUUUAUUUAACUAGGCAAGUCAGUUAAGAACAAAUUCUUAUUUACAAUGACGGCCUACACCGGCCAAACCCGGACGACGCUGGGCCAAUUGUACGCCGCCCUAUGGGACUCCCAAUCACGGCCGGUUGUGAUACAGCCUGGAAUCGAACCAGGGGAUCUGUAGUGACGCCUCAAGCACUGAGAUGCAGUGCCUUAGACCGCUGAGAUGCAGUGCCUUAGACUGCUGAGAUGCAGUGCCUUAGACCGCUGCGCCACUCUGGGAGGCCAAUAGAGGCCAAGUCUUUGAGUGGAUGCAUCCUCCAAAGAUGGAGAGGGACAGCUCAUGGCUUGAUCAGAGGAAGGUGGUCGGUUGAUGGUUGAUGAAGAGUCUGGUGACGAUCUUGUAUAGGGCUACUCUGGGAACCAGCCUGAGUAGUGCAGCCACUGGACUUCUCCUUCACAAUGUAUGGCACCUACUUGGGUGAUGCCUCAGCAGCUCUGGGCACCAGAAAGCUCAUCACACACAGUUCAGAUCGGUAGCCAGUCGUCCUCACUACGACGCCUCUGCCUCAGUCCUGCAUUCCUUUACUGCAUCUCCCAUUCCCCUCAAGCUUCAGGUGACUCUUAAAUUUAUAUUUUCAAAAGAUCAGGAACCAGCAGCCAAGUGAAACAAAAAAGCUGGUGCAGUGUCCAGAUGCGUCAUUCGAACAAAAACAAUUAGCCAUCUACUAGCUAGUUAACUUGCCAAAAAGAGUAGAACUCAACACCAAUGACCUCUUCCACUCAGUAGUACUCAACACCAAUGACCUCUUCCACUCAGUAGUACUCAACACCAAUGAACGCUUCCAUUCAGUAGUACUCGCUGCUCUGGCACCUCAAUGGUGGAACAAGCUCCCUCACGAAGCCAGGACAGCGGAGUCACUCACCACCUUCCGGAGACACUUGAAACCCCACCUCUUUAAGGAAUACCUGGGAUAGGAUAAAGUAAUCCUUUUACCCCCCCCCCCCCAAAAAAAAAAAGUGGUUAACCCACUGGCUAUAAGGUGAAUGCACCAAUUUGUAAAUCGCUCUGGAUAAGAGCGUCUGAUAAAUGACGUAAAUGUAAAUGUAAAUGUACUCAACACCAAUGACCUCUUCCACUCAGUAGUAGUCAACACCAAUGAUCUCUUCCAGUCAGUAGUACUCAACACCAAUGAGCUCUUCCAUUCAGUAGCACUCAACACCAAUGACCUCUGCCAGUCAGCAGCACUCAACACCAAUGAGCUCUUCCAUUCAGUAGCACUCAACACCAAUGACCUCUUCCAGUCAGUAGUAGUCAACACCAAUGAGCUCUUCCAGUCAGUAGUACUCAACACCAAUGAGCUCUUCCAUUCAGUAGCACUCAACACCAAUGACCUCUUCCAGUCAGUAGUAGUCAACACCAAUGAGCUCUUCCACUCAGUAGCACUCAACACCAAUGACCUCUUCCAGUCAGUAGUAGUCAACACCAAUGAGCUCUUCCACUCAGUAGCACUCAACACCAAUGACCUCUCCCAGUCAGUAGUACUCAACACCAAUGACCUCUUCCAGUCAGUAGUACUCAACACCAAUGAGCUCUUCCAGUCAGUAGCACUCAACACCAAUGACCUCUUCCAGUCAGUAGUAGUCAACACCAAUGAGCUCUUCCAGUCAGUAGUACUCAACACCAAUGAGCUCUUCCACUCAGUAGCACUCAACACCAAUGACCUCUUCCAGUCAGUAGUAGUCAACACCAAUGAGCUCUUCCACUCAGUAGCACUCAACACCAAUGACCUCUUCCAGUCAGUAGUAGUCAACACCAAUGAGCUCUUCCAUUCAGUAGCACUCAACACCAAUGACCUCUUCCAGUCAGUAGCACUCAACACCAAUGAUCUCUUCCAGUCAGUAGUACUCAACACCAAUGACCUCUUCCAGUCAGUAGCACUCAACACCAAUGACCUCUUCCAGUCAGUAGCACUCAACACCAAUGACUUCUUCCAGUCAGUAGUACUCAACACCAAUGAGCUCUUCCAUUCAGUAGCACUCAACACCAAUGACCUCUUCCAGUCAGUAGCACUCAACACCAAUGACCUCUUCCAGUCAGUAGCACUCAACACCAAUGA